GCGAAACAAAUGAUUCACGAAUUGCUUAUUUUUUGCCGGCUGGUUGUUUAAAACUGAAAUAAAUAAUUAAACAGCCAUGUCGCAGCCCCUGGAGGAGUGCAAGGAUGAGGAGCUGCCCGCAAACACGCUGGAGCACUUCACCGAACUGCAGCAGGUGCUGGAGAUGAUCGAGAACAUCAAAUCGAUUGCGGCUGGGACCUUUGAAAGGGAAUUCGAGCAAUACGCCCAGGUUUUGUCCCGCUACCAGGAGCAGCCGCACCUGCUGGAUCCCCACUUGGAGGAGCUGCUGGGCAAGCUGCUCCAGAAGAUUCGCCGGCAGGAUUUGGAGACGGGAGAACGUCAUGCGGCCUUCAAGUAUCUCUAUAUUAUCUCCAAAGUUCGCACCUACAAAGUGUUGGUCAAAUUUAUGCCCCACGAACUGAGCGAUCUGGAGUUUGUCCUGGAUCUGCUGGGCCAGCAGGAUCCCAAGGAGUUCGAGCAGUGGGAGACGCGCUAUAUACUCCUCCUUUGGAUGUCUAUCCUCGUACUGAAUCCCUUUCACAUGUCAAGACUGGAUGCCUAUGAAACCAAUCCCAAUCCCACUAGCAACUGCAUUUCCAUCAACCAUGUCCAGUCGAAGAGCACCAAGAUGGAGCGCAUCUUCGAGCUCAUCCAGCUGUAUGUCUCCUCCAACGACACCUGCAGCAGCAUGGCUGCUUAUUUGGCCGCCAAGUACUUCAUUCGCAGCGACAUCAAGGAUCUGUAUCUAGAGAGAUUCCUCGAUUGGAUCAUGGAGCAGCAUCAGGCGGAUACGGUGAAUGUCAAGUUUGGCCAACUGGCUGCCGUGGCUGCCAUUUUAAAGCACGGCAAGCGCGAGGAUCUGCUGCCCUAUGCGGACAAGCUGCUCCAGUGGAUCACCUCAUGCCAGUACAAGGAGGGCAACGACUUUCUCAAGUACAAGAACUAUGUGAAAAUCGUUCAGAGAAUCGGACUGGUGCACCUGAAGCCGAGGAUUGCCAGUUGGCGGUACAAAAGAGGCACUCGCUCACUGGCCACCAAUCUCAGCCAGGCAACUGGAGCGGGAGGUGAAUCGGCUGCAAUGGAGGUUGCAACCGAGGAAGGCGAGGAGAUCCUGGUUCCCGAUGCCAUCGAGGAGGUGAUUGAGGAGCUGCUGCAGGCCCUGCGAAGCGGUGGCAACGAUAUACGCUGGAGUGCAGCCAAGGGAUUGGGCCGGGUCACCAAUCGCCUGCCAAAGGAGCUGGCCGACGAGGUGAUUGGCUCAGUGAUUGACAUACUCAGCCCACUGGAGCCCCACGAAGCCUGGCAUGGUGCCUGCUUGGCUUUGGCUGAAUUGGCCAAAAGGGGAUUGCUGCUGCCGCAUCGAUUGGAGGAGCUGGUGCCGCUCCUCAUGCAGGCUCUCUUCUACGAUGAAAUGAAGGGCUACAUGUCGGUGGGUCAACACAUUCGCGAUUCCGCCUGCUACAUGUGCUGGGCCUUCGCCAGGGCCUACAAUCCAGAUGACGUCAAACCUUUCGUGCACAAAAUCUCAUCUGGUUUACUCACCGUUGCCGUUUUUGAUCGUGAGGUUAACUGCAGGCGUGCUGCCUCCGCCGCUUUCCAAGAAAGUGUCGGCCGCCUGGGCAACUUUCCCUUCGGCAUCGAAAUCUCCACCACCACGGACUUUUACUCCGUGGGCAUUCGGCAGAAUUCCUACCUGAACAUCAGCGAUUACAUCGCCCAGUUUGAGGUGUACAGGGAGCCCUUGAUUAGUCACCUAGUGCAGCAUAAAGUGAACCAUUGGGACCCGGCCAUAAGGGAGCUGACAGCCAAAGCCCUGCAUAAACUUUCUCUAAGGGAACCCGAGUAUAUGGCCGCCGUGGUGCUGCCACAACUGCUGGCCAAAACCGAUACCAUCGAUAUAAAUUGCCGACAUGGCUGCGUCUUGGCCAUGGGAGAGAUUACACUGGCGCUGCGGAAUCUGGAAAAUAAGAGUGAUCCACCGGUGGCCUACCUGUCCAAUCAAAGGAUUGUGGAGCUGAAUGAACUAAUACAAACGUUCCUGGACAGAAAUUGCUAUCGCGGAAUGAGCGGCGAGCUGAUGAAGUCGUGCACUACCAACUACAUAAAGAAUUGCAGUUUGGCUAAGCUAGAGGCCACAGCAGAGUGUUUGGCUUCCUGGCAAAAGGUCAUAGAUUCCUGUCUGACCACCAAAUCCACCGCCAUUCGUGAAUCUGCGGUGGAGGCCUUUGGUGAACUGUGUGUUACGUACUACUCUUUGGAUUCCAGAAACCAGGAGAACGAAGCCAUUAUUAAUGCUUAUUUGCUGGGAGCCGAAAACGAUUUGGAGGAGCAUAUACGCAUGGGAUACAUUGCUGCUCUGGGAGUGCUGCCAUCCUUUAUGAUCCGUCCCCAUCUCGCAGCUGUAAUGGAUAGUUUGGUGAAGCAUUCGCUGACUCCCUUGCAAGCGGUUAUAGUGGGUGAAAUGGGAGAUCGUGAGAAUAUCCAGACAUACCGAUGGAGCGAGGCGCGAACAGAAAGCGUGAGAGCUUUGACUAAAGUGGUGAAAACUGUAGGAUAUGAAGGAGGAAUCUACUCAUUUGCCGAGCCUGCCAACUUCAACAAAGUUAUGAAGUGUCUGCUAAAAGCCUUGGACGAAUACACCCUGGACAAUCGCGGCGAUAUUGGAGCUUGGGUGCGGGAGGCGGCCAUGUCAUCGCUCUACGAGAUCGUCACUCAGUGUCCGCCUGCUCUGCUCACCUCGGAGCACGUCCAUCUGAUUGUGGCGGGCUUUAUGCAGCAGGCUGUGGAGAAGAUCGAUCGCACGCGCGGAUUAGGCGGUCGUCUCUGCUGCCAGUUGAUUCACCAUGAGCCCAGGAUACCGCAUAUACGAGAGCAUGCGAAACUUUUGGAAAUAUUCCCCGCCGAUGCGGAUUCCGUGCUUUGGCUGUUUGCCGAUCACACAUUCCCGCUCUUCUGUGAGCUGCUCGCUCUGCCGGAUUACUCUAAAAGAGUGCUGCUGGGUUUGAGUGCCAGCAUUGGUCAAUUAACUGAAUCUCUGAUUAAGUACGCCUCGAGUGCCCUAUUCCAGUUCUUACGUUCCAAUCCCCAGACUGUGCCGCGUCUCUGCUCUGAGGUUGUUCAGAUCUUCGAGGAGCAUUUGCUGAAUGAACGCGUAACCUAUCCCAUGCUCAGUUUCCUGGAUAUACUCAUUGGAUCUGGUACCGUGGAGUCGGUGCUUCAUGACGAAGCAAAUCCCUUUGCAGAGGACAUCUACAGACUGCUUAAUCUGGAGGUUAAGGGCUACAAGAAGCUCUAUAAGACCGCCACCAGCAUUAGUGCUUUUUGCCAGCUGCUCCAGGUUCCCCGCUUGUCGCGACGCAUUCUGUCAAAGCUCUCAGUAUUCCUUGGACUGCAGCAUGUCCAUGUUCGCAAAACUGCUGCCACAAAAUUAUACGAAGCGCUGGCUCUGCACGGCGAUGUCACCGAAGUGCCCGAGGACAAUAUGGAUGAGAUCCUCACGCUGCUCUCGGAAACCGACUGGACCAUGCCGCUGGUGGAGGUGCGUCCGCUAAGGAACCAAUUGUGCCACCUGAUGGACAUCAAGGCGCCUGUGAGUGGAGCAGCUGCGGCGGCCGCUUUGCAUCAAGCGAAUGCGGAUAAAUGAAUUUUCGGCAAUAUAAGUUAAACUUCACUAUGCUUGUAUUUCAUAUUUUUUGCACAAUUAUACUGACAACGCUUACAGGA